GCCUCUUCACAACCACGCCUCUUUGCCGUUAUAAACACAGCUCGGCGGCUCCUCCAAUAGGAGCGCGCCGUUCCGUUGAUUGACAGGCGCUUUGAUCCCGCCCCGCUCCGCGCUCACCAAUCAGCGGGCGGUUUUCCCUGAGUGACGCGCGGCGGGGCCAAUGGGAGCGCGGCGCGUGCGGGCGGGGCGGGGCGUUGGCCUGAGGGAGCCGCCGCCAUCUUGGCCGGGUCGGCGCCGAGAGCGGGGGGGGAGGAGGAGGAGGAGGCGCCCCCCGCCUGUCGCGGCCUCUGUCGCGACAUCGCAGCGCGAUCGGCGCGAUCGCAGCCCCCCAAAGGGCCGCCUCGGGACCCCCCGGCGCCCCCCGAGGGGAUGCCGAGAGCCCCCCAGCAUGGCUGACAAGAGGAAGCUGCAGGGUGAGAUCGACAGGUGCCUCAAGAAGGUGUCGGAGGGGGUGGAGCAGUUCGAGGACAUCUGGCAGAAGGUGAGGGGGGGACACCCCCAAAAUUGCCCUGGGAACCCCCAAAAUCCUCCUGGGAACCCCAAAAUUGCCCUGGGACCCCCAAAAUCCUCCUGGAAACCCCAAAAUCCUUCUGGGACCCCUAAAAUUGCCCUGGGAACCCCCAAAAAUCCCACCUGGGAACCCCCAAAAAACCCCACCUGGGACCCCCCAAAAAUCCCAUCUGGGACUCCCAAAAUCCUCCUGAGAGCCCCCAGAAAACCCACCUGGGACCCCCCUAAAAAUCCAAUCUAGGACCCUCCAAAAAAAUCCCACCUGGGACCCCCUAAAAAUCCAAUCUGGGUCCCCCCAAAAAUCCCAUCUGGGACCCCCUGAAAUCAUCCUGGGAACCCCCAAAAAUCCCACCUGAGAACCCCCCAAAAAUCCCAUCUGGGACCCCCUAAAAUCCCCAUCUGGGACCCCCAAAAAAAUCCCAUUUGAGACCCCCCCAAAAUCCUCCUGGGAACCCCCAAAAAUCCCACCUGGGAACCCCCAAAAAACUCACCUGGGACCCCCCAAAAAACCCAUCUGGGACCCCCAAAAUCCUCCUGGGACCUCCCAAAAACCCCACCUGGGACUCCCCAAAAAAUCCCACCUGGGAACCUCCAAAAACCCCACCCGGGACCCCCCAAAAAACUCCAUCUGGGACCCCCCCAAAAAACUCACUUGGGAACCCCCAAAAAUCCCACUUAGGACCCCCAAAAUCCUCCUGGGAAUCCCCAAAAAUCCCACCUGGGAACCCCCAAAAAUCCCAUCUGGGAACCCCCAGAAACCCCAUUUGGGAUCCCCCAAAAACCCCACCUGGGAACCUCCAAAAACCCCAUCUGGGACCCCCAAAAGACUCCAUCUGGGACCCCCCAAAAAAUCCCAUCUGAGAUCCCCCAAAAUUCUCCUGGGAACCCUUUAAAACCCCAUCUGGGAUCCCCCAAAAACCCCACCUGGGACCCCCAAAAAACCCCACCUGGGACCCCUCAAAAAACUCCAUCUGGGACCCCCCGAAAAACCCAUCUGGGACCCCCCAAAAUCCUCCUGGGAACCCCCAAAAAACCCACCUGGGACUCCCCAAAAAACCCCAUCUGGGAACCCCCAAAAACCCCACCUGGGAUCCCCUAAAAACCCCAUUUGGGACCCCCCAAAAAACCCACCUGGGACCCCUAAAAUCCUCCUGGGACCCCCCAGAACUCACCUGGGAUCCCCCAAAUCCCCUCC